CAGAGGAGAGGAGCAGUCACUCACAUAUAACUUCUCAGCCAGGAGAGAGUGGAAGCUGCUGACAGUAACCUACACAAGGGAAGCAUGUUCCACAGGCUGUUUAUUGGAGUUUUGGGAUCAAUAUUGAUGGCAAAUUCCUUGUGUGUUCAAGAUGUGAAUACGGAGUGCAGGCACCAUGGAGUCUUUCAGAAGGAGUCAGGUGGGCGCUACCAACUGGACUUCAAGGCUGCAGCAGAGCUGUGCCAGUCCCUUGGGACCACCCUAGCAACACUGGAACAAUUGAAGAGGGCUCAGGAAGCAGGCUAUGAAACCUGCAGAUACGGGUGGAUCCAGGGUCCUCUGAUUGCCAUCCCUCGAGUAAAUGCUCACCCCCAUUGUGCACAAAACAAUUCAGGGGUUUACACAGGUUACAAGCAAGAGACCAAAAAAUUUGAUGUGUUCUGCUACAACGCGACAGAAUAUGAAAUAUGUGGUACUGAGAAUUCAUCAUUGAUGCUGUCUUCUGCUGAGCCAGCAGUAAGCAGAAUCAGCAACACUUCCAAGAUCUCAGGGAAAAGCACAACCAGCAAUUCACACAUUAUGAAAGAGCUCCCACUGGUCACAUCAGCAAAGAGUCGUGACAUUGUUACUACUGACACGAUGGCAGCAGAAAGCGAAUCACCAGCCUUCACACCAGGACUUGUUGAAUCUUCACCCCACAGCUCAUUGCAGUCAGGCAUCCAGUCAACGGCAUUGCCUUCAGUAGGAAACUCGGGACUUCCUGAAGGGCAGCCAAGUAGACCUGCAUCUAGCAUGCUUUCCAGCUUCACAAAGAGGCUGGAUACAUUACCCACAACACUAGGAUAUGUAAUAUACAGCCUCAGUGAAACAACAUUGGCAAUGCAUGCCUCUGAGUCUGCUGGUGAUCUGACACCAUACAUUGAGUCAAGUAGAGAAAUAUCAUUAAACAUAGAGAAUCAAGUUACAGAAGCCAAACUGGAGCAGCAUUCAGAUACAGGUUUGACUAUUCUAGAUAGCAUCACUCAGCCUUCCCCUUCUGCAGUGAUUUCAGGCAAUGCCCUCAGAAUUAAUACAACAAUGGACAGCUCCAAGGUCACCGUAAACAGAUCAGAUUUUCUGCCCACACUGGAAGGUUCAUCAGUGUUGCAAACAAACACUGAAAGUGAACAUGAGAAUAUGUCUGAUGUAAACUCCACGUGGUCUCCUGAAACCACACAAAAGCCCACAAUGUUUGAAAACAGAGGUGGAGCAUCCUCAGUCCCAAUGACUCCAAAUCCCACUGAGAUACCUGAGGAAACUACAACUAGCACUGCAAUGUUUACACCUGAACUCCUCUUGGACCAUCGAGCAGUCGAAAUGCCAGAUGGAGAAGAAACAUCAUCUUCUCACCUGACUGUGGGAAUUGGGAGUACUCCUGAAUCACUGAGUUCAGAAUCUGCCAAAGUUCACUUGGACCUAAUGACAGUCACAGUAUUCGAUAUAAAAUGGGUACCUUCCAAAGCACCAUCUCCUGAUCCAAGUGGCAUGCUUGUGGAAAGUGGGAGUACUUCUGAAAUACUGAGCUCGGAGCCUACAGAAACUCUCUCAGAAAACAGCACGGUCUUAGGUGAUAAUAGAAGGUUCUCUAUCUCAGCAUCUCCAGACCCAGCUGCCCUGUUUGUAGAAAGUGGGAGUACCCCUGAGAUUUUGAGGUCAGAGCCACUGGGUUUUUCUCCAGACUUUACAGUAACGACUGAUGUUGUGAGAAUAUCUACCAGCCAACAAGCUACCCCAGGUUCAAGAGAAGAGAGUGAUCUUCCAGCCAGAGCAACUCUGCAGGAUGUUGAUGUUGUACAGACUCCAUUGGAAAGGCUUCCUGACUAUAUAUCUACUGCUGCCAUGGCUCCAUCCACCAUACCAGACCGACUGACCUCCCCUUUGCUUCAUUCAUCUGAAAUGUCCUCCACCGACUUCCCAAUAAAUGUUGAUGACAAGCGAGAAAUAAAACCCACCAUUGGUUCCUCCAAACAGUCUACACCUCAAUUAAAGUUAAUUACUCCUGGACUGGCAGACACCACAAGAGUUUACUCCACUUCUGACUUUGGAUGGACAGCAACAUCUCGUACAACAACCAAUCAGAUCACUCAAAUAUCAUUGUUGACAGUUGGCACACAGCAGUAUGAUGAGCCAAGCAGCACCGAAAUACCAGAUCUUGUCAUUGUGGAUAAUGGACCCAAUCUAAAGUUACAGCCAACAGCAACAGAUGUAGGAGAGAAGCCUCCUGGAGUCAGCUUGGACUGGCUGAUUGUGGUUGGAAUCAUCGUGUCACUUCUCAUCAUUGUAAUUGGUGGACUGGUGAUCAUUUACAGCAAAAGAUUGUGUGGACGGAAGAAAAGUCUGCCUGUCACCAGACCAAGAGGAGGUAAUGCAGCCAUCAUGGAGAAUGGGAACGGGAGAGACUUGGUGGAAGAAUGUGGCCUGAAAGCUGACAUAAAGAGAUCAGAUGAAUGGAUCCAGCUGAUGAACAAAGAUGAUGUGGAGGUUGUGUCUGAACCAGCUGAAGCUGCCAGGUUAAUGAAUGGGGAGGAAUCAGGAGAACCGUCCAAUAGAGAGACGAUAAGAGCUACACAGGAGGAAGAGGCCAAGAGCUAGGUGGAGUACGAGAUGGUGAUGAAGCUCUGCUCCUGUCAUUUCCACACUCUUCAUAUGUCACUGACUGAAUGCAAAUUUACGAAAUGUGUCUGUCAGCCCUUUGAUAAGCUUUGUGUUACAUCCUCUAAAGCUCUUCAAGGACCAGUGUUUACAAUGUCUGCUUGAAACACAUUGUAUCUUCAUAAGCAGAGACCAUUUCACCUUCUUGUCGAAACAUGUCACUCUUAUUUCUGAUUAUUCUACGCUCAAGUCAAAACAUUUCAUCAUUGCUUUGAACUGUCGUUCCCAUGUUGAACAUGUCACUCUUGUGUUAGAUUGUUUCAUUCCCUGUUGAAUGUGUCGGCCUUGGGUCAAACUGUUUUGAUCUCAUAACAGUCUGUGUCAUUCUCUUGUCAGUCUGUGUCGUUCACAUGCCAUUCUUGUGCCAGUCUGUGUCAUUCUCGUGUCAUUCCAUAAUGUUCUUGUGUUGGACUGUGUCGGUCCUGAAACAAACCAUUUUCCUCUUGUGUUGCUCCCAUGUCAGAUAGAUUUUGCUCUUGUAUCGAACCAUGAUGCUGUCAUGUUGGAUCAUGUCAGUUAUGCAUUGGAUCAUUUCACUUGCGUGUCAGCCCGUGUCGCUUUCACGUCAAGCUGUUUCAUUCCAGUGACGGACCCUGCUGUUGGUACCUUUGAAUGAUGUUUUAAUAUGAAGUGCUUCCCCUUCCCUCUCAACUCUCUUUCCCCCUUGCUUCAGCUUUGCUCCUAAUAUUCAUCACACCCAUACUAAGGGGAGUUACGUGAAAGGAAUGUGGGCCAUUAGCCGACCCUUGAAUAGUUCACUUUGUCAUUCAGAUGGUAGGAUGAGAUGCUCUGAGCUAUGAGUGACAGAAGAUGUAUUCAUCCUGGGGGUUGGGGAGGGUACAGGUACAGCUUCUCCAUCUACUAGUGGCCAUGCUUAAAUGCAUGCUUCAAUUAGAGCCCAGUUCAACAUAUAAUCCUCAUAACAUCUGACUCAGACUCGAGUCUCGACUUGUGAACAUUGUCAUGUCACUACAUCUCAUCUAUUUAUCUUGCAAUAUUUUCUCUUCCUUCUGAAACAAUCACUUCCACAUUGAUUCCAGAAAUCGCUUGUAAGAGCAAUAAAGCAGACAGUUUUAAUAGGUAUUGGCUGAUACUGAGAGUUACAAAUUGUCCAUUCACCUCCAGUCUUGAACCAAGAUUAUUUUGUCUGCAAAGACACAGCAAAAUGAGUCCAAUAAACUAUACUCCAGUUCUGGUGCGAAAUUCUCCACAGCACCAUAGGCUCCAUGUUUUCGAACAAAUUGGUAAUGUCCUCAGUGAGGACAGCAGUAUGAACAUAGUAGGGAGGCCUGAUCUACAAACAGCCUCACAGAACGUUGUCAAAAUGGUGAAGAGGAAGUUUAAUUCAUAACUUGAUCCGUGCUAUACCAAAAGUGAGAAUGUUUGGUAGCCAGUAAAGAGGGAACUUUACUCUGGAUCUAACAUUCGAUUAACCUGACUUAUAAUUCUGAUUUGGUGGUGAAAAUAGCAAAGUUUUCUAUUCCCACAGCUGACUGAUAAAGCAUUAAAUUCGCAUGGCCAAUCGAAAAAAAUAUCCCAUUUCCACAGCUUAUCAGUAAAGUGUUAAAUUCUCGCAGAUGACUGGUAAAGUGUACUAUUCCCAUCAAAUCAAGGAACAUAAAAUUUAUCUGCAAAUGUAAGGAAAUAAUCAAGGGUUGCAUGUGUGAAGAAAUUGUAUGUUAAUCUUUUUUAACUACUCAUUUUAAUAACCGCAUGUAAUAUUGUGCACUGCCAAUCUUGGUGGCGAUGUGUUGGAACUUCAUGGGCUACAUCUUCAGAGGAAUGCGGAGAAUGGCUGUUUAAUUCCAUCACCUCAGUAUUGCAGACUGCCAGAGGGUGUAGCUCAUGUUUUUAACCAUGAUUAAACCUGUUCUUUGGGUUA